UGGACUGCCUAUCUUGACGUGGAGACGUAUGCAGAUUUCCAACAAAAUGACAAUCGAGCGACUUCGCAUGCUACUGUUCGCAGGCAUGUUCGACAUCCAUUCUCACAAGAGAUAAAUAUAUUAUUUUCUGUGGCAUCUCGUUUAUUUGACCCGCGGCCAUACUGCUGGUUCCCUUGUGGUAUGAAUCCCAUGAUCCAGCAUCAGCAUCAAGGUGGAAGCUGUUGUCUCCCUGAAUUCUGUUAGUAGGCGAAUCGGCGUUUUCAUUUCGCCAGUGAGUCAUUACUCAGACUUUGGAUGAGAAGAACGCAACAAUGAGUUCCUUGGGCACGCCAGCCGGCGCAGCCGAUACAGCCAGUCCAGCUCCUCCUUCCAGGCGACUUUCAGAAACGGAUUCUCUGGUCCCAAUUACUACCACCAUAAGCCAUAGAACAUUGAGUCUGCACCCCACUAGAUCUUGCUACGAUGGACAUAGCUAUCACCGUGAUCAAGAAGCCGACGCCGACAGUGGCUCGCCUCCAGAUGUCGAUGGUCAAGAGUCUUCAGAGAAGAGCUUCAUGGUCACCGGCUUCGAUGGCCCUGAUGACCCAAUGAAUCCCAAGAACAUGAGUGUUGCGCGAAAGUGGCUUAUUGUGAUGACUAUUGCUCUGGGAUCCCUGUGUGUCACGUGCACAUCCUCGCUAUAUACAAUCACAUAUGACCAGAUGAAUCCCGAAUUUGGUAUCUCACGGCUCACUGCAACACUGGGUCUGUCGUUAUUUGUUUUUGGUCUAGGGAUUUCGCCCAUGGUUCUAGGCCCGCUAUCCGAAUUUUACGGCAGACGACCUAUCUAUAUCCUCGCGUAUCUCUUCUUCACCAUCUGGCUUAUCCCCUCGGCAGUUGCAAAGAACAUCGAGACCAUGUUGAUCGCACGUUUCUUUGACGGCCUCUCGGGAAGUGCGUUUUUGUCGGUGGCAGGCGGCACGGUGGGUGAUAUGUUCACUCGAGACAAGCUACAGGCGCCCAUGAUGGUUUACUCGGCAGCGCCUUUCCUUGGUCCUAGUAUUGGCCCCAUAGUGGGCGGAUUUAUCAAUCAGUAUGCCAGUUGGCGUUGGUCAUACUAUGUGCUCAUUAUCUGGUCGGGCGUCAUGCUCAUCUGCAUGAUCUUCCUGGUGCCAGAGACCUACAUGCCGGUUGUGCUGCGGAACAAGGCAAGGAAACUUCGAAACGACACGGGAGACGACAGGUGGAAGGCUCAGAUUGAAGUGCACGAAAAAUCCGUCGCCAUGACAGUGCUCCGAUCACUUCCACGACCUUUCAUGCUGUUGUUUAUGGAUCCCAUGUGUUUCAAUCUCUGUUUGUUCACGUCAAUUGUGCUGGGAAUCCUUUAUCUGUUUUUUGGGGCUUUCCACCUCGUCUUCCGAGAAGUCUACAAUUUUGAAUUAUACCAAAUCGGCCUCUCCUUCGUCGGCCUUUUGACUGGAAUGCUGAUUGGCAUCUUCUCGGAUCCCAUCUGGCAAUGGAACUACAGGCGGCUACUACGAAACUACGAGGCCAAGACCGGCGAGCCAAAAUCCGAACCAGAAUUCCGGCUCCCUCCAACCAUUAUCGGCUCAUGGCUCUCCGUCAGCGGACUGUUCAUGUUCGCGUGGACCAUUUACUCCAGCGUUCAUUGGAUUGUGCCUGAGAUCGCCAUUGCCAUGUUUGGAUGCGGCGUCAUCCUCAUCUUCUCGGGAGUCUUUACCUUUCUCGUCGAGGCAUUCCCAUUGUACGCAGCCAGUGCUCUGUCAGCCAAUUCGUUUGCUAGAUCAUCCUUUGCGGGCGCAUUCCCAUUAUUUGGGGUACAAAUGUACCGAAAGCUAGGAUUUCAUUGGGCCACAACGCUGCUGGCUUUUUUGACCCUGAUGAUGGCACCGUUUCCUUACAUCUUCUUCAUCUACGGCAAGAGACUCAGAGCCAAAAGCAGGUUUAGUCCGACCCCGCUUUGAACCAGUAUGGAGAAAGUUGCGACGACGGGAGAAUUACUACGACUGUAUAAGAUGGGCCGGGGCCCCAAGAGCUUGGUCUGAUACUGAUUCUUGUCACGUUCAAGACCAUGUUCGAGGAUCACGUGAUAAGCAUAUCUUCCGGACCCCAAGAAAACCCGAGGGGGAAGCGACAGACCCGCGACUAAGCGGCCCUUGUUUUUGGUCCAGCUUCGGUUCAGAGAUCAUUGGAUCAAGGACAGGCGAGUGUAACGCAAUACAGGAUUCACCGGGUACCUGCAAUGCGGCAUGGCAUGUCUCCGAGGUGGCCAGCCGCGACAUGAUUGAUGGCGAGAAUCGGUACAAGGAUAGAAAAAGUUGGAUAGUGUACCAUUCAAGGAGGACCAUUUCUGUCUCGCAUGGACUGGAUGUUUGUGAUAUGGGACUUGCAAGACAUGACAAUGGGUGUAGGAGCCCCCGGAGCCCUACCGCGGAGGAACCGGCCCGGGUGAAUCGAACAGGCUAUGGCCAAGCAGAAAAGAGCGAGCGACAUGCGGUCAGGGACACAUUGAAGCGGUUUACAUUGGAAUCAUGGGCGGACCUGGCCAGGCAGGAUUGAAAUGGUUGUGAAACAGUGGACAUGCUGCGGUGAAGCUUGUCGCUUGUCGCUUGUCAGUCUAGCAUCGAGCUGGGUGAGUAAGAAGUUGACAGGCAUGGGCUAUUUGGCUAUUUGGCUAUUUGGGGGUUUAAAUGGUGUUCGAAGCUCGGUGUCGGUGUGAGGACGUUUGUAUUAUUGUUUAUUUUUAUUUUUGUUACCAUAAAUACACCAACUAAAACAUGGAACUGUACGAUGUCAUGGUCGAUGCUAGACUAGGGCUACAGUUCUGCUUCUCUGA